AUGGUGGCGGAGCGCACCAAAGUUUCGGUGGAGUUCCUGCAGCUGCUUCAAGGCCAACAGGUUCUGUGUGAUGUCGAUCUGAAGUCACUGAAGUCCUUGGGAAAUGGUGGUGAAAUUGCUGAGCUUUCCUGCAUCAUCUGUCCCAGUGUGCCCUUGAUCAUCAAGCUGCUGAAGAAGGAGGACUUCCACUUCCGCGGCCUCAACGAGACGGCCACGAAGACUCCUCAGGGCAUCACUGGCUGCAACCUACUGCAUGCCAGCGUGCUGGUGGGAAGGCUGGAGCUAGUGCGCUUCCUGCUGGCGGAAGAAGACUUCAAUGGCAUCAACAACUUUUUAGGCCGUAGCGGCUACAAUGCCCUGCAUUUGGCGGCCAAGGAUGGCCACAGCGCUAUUUGUCAGGAGCUGCUGGAUUGUGAGCGUUUUCGAGCGGCCAAUGCCAGCACAACAUGUGAGGGAACGGCUCUGCACGUCGCAGCACAGUAUGGGAACAUUCAGGUCCUGACCCUUCUGCUGGAUUCCGAGCACUUCACCGCCAUCAACGAGGCCAUGCAGGUGCCAUCCUACCACCAGGACUGCCGAGGCAGGUGUGGCCAGACAGCGCUGCACGUGGCCGCAGUGCAUGGCCAGCAGCAGGCAGCUCAAGUGCUGUUGGAUCAUCCUCGCUUUACUCAGGUCGGUGCCGUGACCAAGACCUUCAAAGAUGCCGCCGCCGCGGCGGAUGCUGCGGGUCACCCGUCCUUGGGUCGAUUCAUCCGGGACCACCCCAAGGUUCGACAGUUUCGCCGCAUGCCAAAUGGCGCAGCCGGCUACGGUGGGUUGAUCCGGAGACAAUUCGAGAGGUCUGGUGCUCAUGUGGACAUGACCCCGAUGCCAUGUGGAUGCCACGGGGUCCGAGGCAACUCGGCGGGAAUUCACCGCUUCGCGCCUGGGAAUCCAUACCUGGUGACGGUGAUGCCGCUGUUGGUCAACAUGGCAUGCAGCCCAGCACCAGAGAAGAAUGAGAAGUCCAAACAUGUCAUCACCCAGGACUCCUGGCGCUUAGUGAAGAUUGAGCCUGAGGUUCAGGACAUUGCUGACCAUUUCGGCUUGGACGAGCGCAUCACUGGAAAGCUACAGGAGGCGCUGAACACUCGCCCGGAUCCUGGCACGGACUUAGAGGUCAUGUGGGAAAUCCUGGAUGAAGCGCGCAACCCGCCUGGUCUGACGAUGAUCAAGGUGAAGGAGAUGUUGGAUGGGACUUUUCGAAUGGGCGAACAGAAAGAUGCCCGGGGCCUGAUGGAGUCAAUGAGUCAAUGA